CCCCGCCGCCGCCAACCCAGCUCCCAUCGCCCCCGACUUCCCCCGACGACGGCGCCACCGCCGGCGACGCCUUUGACGAGCACGACCCGGCCGCAAACGCGGCCAACCUUCGCGGCUUCGUCAUCGACGUCCUCAAGCGCUCGCGGACAACUACAAGCAUAUUUCAGUCAGCUCUGUGCUACAUCGAGGCUAUCCGAGCCAAGAUCCCAGAGCUCGCUGCCGCCGAGGCCGCCGGCUGCGGGCACCGUGAAGCCGACCAGUCCGACCGCAUCGUCCUCGCUGCCGACAUCGGCUACGUCGAGGAGGACGCUGAAGACGCGAGCAUCCCGCCACCGGCCACGCGCGAGACUCCUGAGACGCCUGUCGACCUAUGGCAGCCCGGUCCGCCCGGGAAGAAGCCACGUACCGAAACGUCGACGCUGCCGCCGGCACCGGAUCUCCCCUCCCCCCUACUUGACCCACGCCGCACAUUCAUCGCAGCAUUGGUUCUCGCGAGCAAGUUCUCGCAGGACAAAUGCUAUUCGAAUCGUGCAUGGGCCAAGCUAGCAGGACUCCCGCCGCGCGAGAUCGGCCGUUGCGAGCGCGCGCUCGGCGACGCUCUGGGUUGGCGCUUAUGGGUCGGCAAGGCCUCGGCGCAGAUCCAGCAGCAACGCCCGCUCAGUCGCGCCACAACCGAGCCGGACCUUAGCGCCAUGGCAGGUCGUAUGCCUGUUCCGGAUGGCAGGAGUGUUCGCAGGAGCAGCACGCUCCCCACGCUCUUGCCUCAGGCAUCGGCUCAGGCGCCGAUGAUGCUGAUGUCUAUGCCGACGCUGAUCGCGAAUCCGGUACCGGUGCGCGCGCUUGUGCCCGGCAUUAGCAUGCCAUCAAUGUCGAUGAUGAGCCUGGCGAGCAUGGCGUCCCCCGCUGGCGUGCGGACGCCCGGCCUGAGUGUCAGUCCGAGCGCGAGCGAAUCCAGCGAGGGCAGCGUCAGCACGCCGCGUUCGACGCCGGGUCUUGCGCCGCCGCCGUACGGCUACGCCGUCUCGAAAGAGGACCUUGCUAUGCGCGAUUGGCCCUCCUCCCAAUGGGGUAUACCUUACUAG